AUGCUAAGAGCACUUCUAAGACACACAGGAUCAAAGCCUCUUAUUCGUAGCCCUUUACAGUGAUCAAACAUUGCAAGGCUGAUCUUCUCUCAAGACCAUUCUUUAGCCAAUCAAAUCUACAACUCAGUAGUAGAAAAGCAUAAAAAAUCAUUUCAAAAAUUAAACCUAAAGCAGCAUGAUAGGAUCAUCGAUCUCAUCAUUUCUGCAUAUAUGAAAGAGCCAGCCAACGAAGCUUUAAAAUCAAGACUCACUGACUUUCAAGGAAUUUUUGAAGAAAAUGAAGGGCGUCUGAGGAUUUCUCGAGCCUGGAUUGACGCAAUUCAGCAGGAAACCAAAAUCAAGCUAUUCCCAGACCGCUUGCUAAAAAUCCCUGACAGAAAUCUCGAUAACAGACACUACGCUGAAAUUAUUCACAAUAUGCACACAGCAGCUUAUAAUAUCAUGACCUAUAAGAAAUUAGAGCCUACAAUGAACUUUUUUUAUAGAGGGAUUUUCCCAGUCCAUGAUAAACUUGAGCUUAAAGGGAAUUUAGGCGACAAAUUAAGGCUAGAAAAUGAUGAAAUCAAGAUAAAAGAUGAGGUACAUAUAAGAUGCUGCUCAAUAAAGCCUCACGCGUGUGAAAAUUAUGAUUUUGACCCAACUCCUAAUGUAACUUUUAUUAUUGCACGUGGGAUGGACGAUAAUGGAAAGCAAUCUAUAUGUGUAAUGCCUACUGUGCUGUUUUCUGUGCAUGAUUUGCCGAAAUUUAGGUAUAAAGGCAAUGCUGAGCCGGAUAGUAUUUUCCUCGUCAAUAAAGCAAAACUGAAAGAGUUUUUUUAUUUAUUUGAACAAGAAAUGGUCCGAUAA